AUGCAGCAAGAAACCAGCUCGGAGGCCAAGCGGCCCAACUUCCUUCUCAUCGUGGCCGACGACCUAGGCUUCAGCGACUGCAGCUGCUACGGGUCCGAGAUCCAAACCCCCAACAUCGACUCCCUCGCCACAGCAGAAGCCAGCUCGCUCCGGUUCACCGAGUUCCACGUCGCGGCAGCAUGCUCACCCACGCGGUCGAUGCUCAUGACGGGGACGGACCACCACAUCGCGGGGCUGGGCCAGCUGCAGGAGUUUACGCGCAGCUCGCCGGCGCACAGGGGCCAGAAAGGGCAUGAGGGGUAUCUGAAUGAGGGGGUUGUUGCCCUGCCUCAGAUCUUGCAAAAGGAGGGCGGGUAUCUGACUCUGAUGUCGGGGAAAUGGCAUCUUGGGGUGCAGCAGGAGCAUCAUCCUGUCCGGCGGGGGUUUGACAAGUCUUUUGCCCUUCUUCCUGGUUGUGCCAACCAUUACAACUACGAGCCAGCAUAUCAAGACCCAUUCAACGAACCUGGUAGGUUUUUCGAGACCGCCACCAGGGCCCUUCACGCAGAAGACGACCACUACGUCGAGGACCUACCCAAAGGCUGGUAUUCUUCCGACGGCUACACCGACAAAAUGCUGUCAUAUCUAUCCUCAAGAACCGAGCAAGAACUCCAAAAGCCCUUCUUCGCCUACCUCCCCUUCUCUGCCCCGCACUGGCCCCUCCAGGCACCCCCAGAGAACAUGGCCAAGUACCGCGGCCUCUACGACGACGGUCCCGAGGCCCUGCGGCAGAGGCGCGUGCAGAAGCUCAAGGAGCUGGGGCUGGUGCACCCUGACGCCAAGCCACACCCUGUCGUGGCAGGACCAGGGGACGUCGACGAGUGGGAGCAUCUAGACGACGAGGUGCGCGCAAAGUCGGCUCGGGCGAUGGAGGCGUACAGUGGCAUGGUGGACCGCAUGGACUGGAACAUUGGAAGGGUGUUGGACUACCUCAAGGCGUCGGGCGAGUACGACAACACUCUUAUCCUCUUCAUGAGCGAUAAUGGGGCCGAGGGCGCGUCGUAUGAGGCCUCGCCCAUCGUGGGGCCGCGGAUCCUCGAGCAUAUCGACAAGUACUACGACAACAGUCUCGAGAAUAUCGGCAGGGGAGACUCGUUUGUGUGGUAUGGGUGUCGCUGGGCACAAGCAGCCACGGCGCCGUCGCGGCUGUACAAGAUGUUCUCCACGGAGGGCGGCUGCCGGGUUCCUCUGGUGGUGAAACCACCCAAGACUGGGCUUGCCGGGGAGGGAAGAGGAGAAGACAGAAGAGGAGGAGGAGGAGGAGGUAUCAUCACGGAUGCCUUUUGUACUGUCAUGGACCUCGUGCCCACCGUGCUCGACCUGGCUGGACUGCUGGACAAACACCCAGGCGGCACCAUGCAGAACGGCCACACCAUCGCCCCCCUCCGCGGCCGCAGCUGGAAGUCCUACCUGCACCAAAUCGCAGCAUCUGGAGGCCAAGCCCCACGCCUCGAAAUUCACGACAAGGACUACGUAGUAGGCUUUGAGAUUGCCGGUUCCGGAGCCCUUCGCCGCGGGGAUUGGAAGAUCACCUUUGUCCCUGCGCCGAGGGGCCCGCAGAGGUGGGAGCUGUUCAAUAUCCGAGAUGAUCCUGGGGAGACCAGCGAUCUAGCUGAGGCGAGGCGUGAUGUGUUUGUGGACCUGCUGCGGUGCUGGGAGGAGUACAAGGCCGAGGUGGGCGUGGUCGGUCUGGCGGGCGAGUAUCCUGCGGCGGUGCAGGGCGAUGCGAGCACGUAUGCAAAGGAUGAGUUUGAGGAUCCGUAUGCUUGGAUCAAGUAUAUUGGACGGCCUGAAAGGACGCCUGCACACCUGCUUGGUCGGAUUCCGCUGACGGGGCAGGGUCGGGAGAUGUAA